GAAUGACAAAAAGACCUAUCUCCAGAGGUUAUCAGAGAUUUACCAUUGUCUGAUCAGUAAGAACAAUAUGGCGGUGCUAGUCUGGGCCGUUAUUCUUGUGUCAGGAAUCCUUGGUUCACAGGGAGAGGCCAUCAAGAAGCAGGCCCCACUGGUUUGCUACCGAUGUGAUAAAGUCGCCGACGCAGUGGACUGUACCGUAACGGAGGCCUGUAACUCGGACGAGCAAUGCUUUACCGACAAAUACAUCAGUGAGGAAGGGAAUGUGUACUUCACACUAGGAUGCAAGGCAAAGCGAAUCUGUGAUAUACUGGCGUCGUUUGGGAAACGAGAGGUCGAGGAGGACAUGACUGACCGAGAGAAGAGAAACAUAAUCCACCUGUGUACUCAAUGCUGCGCCUCUGGUUACUGUAAUAACAAACUGUGCACAGUGGUCACAACUCCUGUGCCAACCAGAAAAUGUCAGGUCUGCACACAGCUAGAAGAGGAUCCCUUGUCAUGUACCCAGAUCCAAAACUGCGAGCCUCACCAGGAAUGCUACGCUGAUGUCGUGAUGGAUCAAAACCACCAAGUUCGUCACCGAAUGGGCUGCCGUAGUAAAGUAAUGUGCGAGGCAUUCCUGCACCAUGGCCACGGUCUUUCUCACGGCAGACGGGCGGUCGGCAUUGGUAACGACGCCCACGUCGCCCAGCUGUGUGGGGGAUGCUGUAACAGCGACGCCUGUAAUAGGGGCGGCUGUUACACUAUCUCUCACUACAAUCUCACCAACCACGGAUAAAAAUAUAUGUCAAGUGUAAACAAAUGCAAUUCAUUUUUUCUAUAUAAAAAGCGCAAAACAUCGUAAA